UCAUAAGGGGGAAUCCUAUUUCAAUUAUUUUCUUAUAGUUGUGACACCACACAGACAGACAGACGGACGGACAGACAGACAGACAGACGCAGUUUAAAUGAGACUCAUUCGAGACGCGCGUCAUCAAAGAAAGGGUUUAAUAAUUCUCAUUAAGGGGGGUUUAGUAAAGAGGCGAUUGAUGGGAUUAGUUUGGUUUCCUGUCUGUUCUGAGAAUUCAGACUCUCUCUCUCUCACCCACACACGCAGAGACUCGCUUCACGACCAGCACAGAGUUUUACAGAUCUCUCUGGACAGAACAGGUGCGGACCGACAGACGGACAGACACACAGACACGCAAACAGAGAUGGCUAGCUGACAGCACAGGUGACACGCAGAGGUCCGACAGAGAGACCGCGAUCGAAACGUGAACACCGCGUACUGCUGGAAUAGAACCGGUACGUUCUCGUACCUCCAGAGGCUACAUUACAUACAGUGCACGCUUUUACUUUGCAGAAUUGUCAAGCGAUGUCUUCCACCCCGCUUCUCCCCCUCGCUUCUCACACCCCGCCCCGGCUCUCUCCCCGAGGGGCGCAUACGCCGGUGAUCCAGCUCCAGAUCGGACUGUUCCGGGAGCUGGUCUCCAUCCCGCGGCCACAACUCUCCUUCAAGACCGUCAAGAAGCUGUCCUUGGAGAUCAUCCAGAAAAAGGCUCCAGAGUGUGGCCUCCUGGCUCUGACUGAUAAGAUCCUGCUGUUCCGACACGCCCCGAGCUCGGAGAACGUCCUGCAGCGGCUGGGCGGGAGCGAUGUGAUCCGCGAAGGGGACCUCAUAGAGGUGGUGAUGUCAGGCUCCGCCUCCCUGGCUGGGUUGAAGCUCCGCCCCCACGUCUUGGCUGUCCACUCGUAUCGCUCGCCGACGUUCUGCCAUCACUGCGGAGAGAUGCUGUGGGGACUGGUGCGCCAAGGGUUAAAAUGCGAAGGCUGUGGUCUGGACUUCCACAAGCGAUGUGCCUUCAAGAUCCCCAGUGACUGCAGCGGGACCCGGAGGAGGUGUGGACCCAGCCUCUCCCUCAUCCCCACGGGCCGAACCAGAGCCGCCUCGCUGAGCACGCAGACAGGGGGCAGCCUGGAGGAGAUCAGCCGGUCGAAGCCGAGCCGUCGCUCCAGGGCCCCCUCGUGGGGGGGGCGUCCCAUCUGGGUGGAUCACCGGGAGCCGACCCGGGUUCAAGUGCCGCACAGGUUCCACAUUCACACCUACACACGCCCCACUGUGUGCCAGCACUGCCAGAGACUGUUGCUGGGGCUUUUCAGACAGGGCCUGCAGUGCUCAGAUUGCAAGUUCAACUGCCACAAACGCUGCCUGCCUCUGUUGCCCAGCGACUGUGUGGGAGAGAGAGGCUCCUUCAAUGGCGAAGUUGCAGAUGCUGAAAUGACCUCCUGUCUGUCCUCUGAUGCGGAGGAGGAUCUAGACCCGCCCUCCCACAGCACCCUAUUGGUGGAUUUGGACGAGCAAUCCAGCUUUGAGCAAGACCCAUUCGCUGAGCCCGGGGGGGCGGAGCUACAGUCACCAAUCAGCCCGUGCUUCAGCAGUAACAUCCCUCUGAUGCGGGUGGUUCAGUCUGUGAGGCACACCAAGAGAAGGGGCAGCGCCGUGCUGAGGGAGGGCUGGCUGCUCCACUGCAACUCCCAGGACCUGCUGAGAAAGCGACAUUACUGGCGUCUGGACAGCAAGUGCAUCACUCUCUUUCAGAAUGAGGGCGGGGCCAAAUACUACAAGGAGUUGCCCCUCUCUGAGAUCCUGAGGGUGCACAGUGCUGAGGAGUUAUCCGUCCUGCCAGCAGGGGGCAGCACUCACUGCUUCGAGCUGGUCACAGACACCCUGGUCUACUGCGUGUUUGGAAGCUGGCCGCAUUCAGCACAGGGCAGCAAAGCCCCAGAUACCAGGGCCUGGGAGAGGGCAAUCCGGCAGGCACUGAUGCCCAUCCACACCCCCUCCAGCACGGGCACAGAAGGGCAGGUGUCCAACAUGCAAGCCCAAGAGAAUAUGGACUUCAGCAGUGUCUACCAGAUCUUUCCUGAUGAGUUACUGGGAUCAGGCCAGUUUGGAAUAGUCUACGCAGGUAAACACAGGAAAUCUGGCCGUGACGUUGCAGUCAAAGCUAUCGACAAGGCCAGGUUCCCCAGCAACCAGGAGAGACAGCUGAGGAACGAGGUGUCCAUCCUGCAGAGCUUGCAUCACCCGGGGGUGGUGACCCUGCAGGGCAUGUUCGAGACGGUGGACCACGUGUUCGUUGUCAUGGAGAAGCUCCACGGGGACAUGCUGGAGAUGAUCCUGUCCAGCGAGAGGGGGAGGCUGCCAGAGAGGAGCACCCGCUUCCUCGUCACACAGAUUCUGGAAGCUCUGAGAUACCUCCACUUCAAGAACAUCGCCCACUGUGACCUCAAACCAGAGAACGUGCUGCUGGCGUCCGCUGACCCCUUCCCACAGGUGAAGCUGUGUGAUUUCGGCUUCGCUCGGAUCAUCGGUGAACGGUCGUUCCGUCGGUCGGUCGUGGGCACGCCGGCUUACCUGGCCCCCGAGGUGAUCCGCAGCCACGGGUACAACCGCUCCCUGGACAUGUGGUCCGUGGGCGUGGUCCUGUACGUGAGCCUGAGCGGCACCUUCCCCUUCAACGAGGACGAGGACGUGAGCGAGCAGAUCCAGAACGCCACCUUCAUGUACCCCGAGCAGCCUUGGAGCCAGGUCUCCCAGCACGCCAUCGACCUGAUCAACAACCUGCUGCAGGUGACAGUGCGACGGAGGUACAGCGUGGAUAAGGCUCUCGGUCACACCUGGCUGCAGGAUUUCCAGCUCUGGUUGGACCUGCGGGAGUUCGAGACCCGACUGGGCCGGCGCUACCUCACCCACCCGAGCGACGAGGCUCUGUGGCAGAGCCACGCUGCAGAGAAAGGCCUGGCACACCCAGCGCACUUCAUCACAGAGCAGAGAGACAGUGAAUAAACCAGCUUUGAAGAUUGAGGUCAUAGAAUCUAUUCAACUGAAGUCUUUAAAAUCUUCAAAUGAGUUGACAAAGUUAACCAGAACCAAUACUUUAAGAGCAGCACAGAAACCAGGUGCAGAGGAGUUGGAAAUGAAGUGGAGUCUGAGGGAAGGAGACGCUUCUUCACACAGAGAGUGGGGAGGGGAUGGAAUGGGUCACCUAGCCGUGUUGUUGAGGCAGAAUCACUGGGAUCCUUUAAGACCCAACUUGACAAGGUUCUGAGAUCAAUCAGCUGCUCGGAACCGGACGAGCUUAGAUGGGCCGAAUGCUUCUUCUCGUUUGCAAAUGUUCUUAAUGAAGCUUGCAUUAAAAACCUGGAAAGAAUGGAAA